AGUUAAAAGAUGAAAAACAGAACUGGAGGUUUAUUCAGAGAGAACUCGGCUCUGGUCAAGAGGGAGAGAUGGGAGUAACAAAGGAAGCGGUUGAAGCUGCCCUAACAUCUAAAAUGAGCCCCUCUCAUCUGGAAGUAAUCGACACAUCGGGAGGCUGUGGCGCAAGCUUUACUAUUGAGAUUGUUUCUGAACAAUUCGAAGGGAAGAGGUUGCUCGAGAGGCAUCGUAUGGUAAAUGCUGCAUUGGCAGAGGAGAUGAAAGAGAUACAUGCUCUUUCCAUCAAGAAAGCUCUCACUCCUCUCCAAUGGCAGCAACAGCAAGAGGCAGCAGAGAAAACGUCACAGUGAGAUCCUAAAACUAUUUUCUUACCUACCAGUGGGACAAAUGUGUAAUGUAAUAUGUAUGACCCUGUUUUUCCUCAUGAAUGAGGGAAAAUAAUGAAGAUUGCUUGAAUAUCUAUUUA